GCGGGGCGGCAGGAAACCGGGCCGGUCCCGCGCGCCCAGCUGUCCAGUCUGGGUCGCCCCGCCGAGCGGUGCCCGCGCCUGGCCAUGGACACCCCAGAGCCAGGUCUCUCCCACCCCACCCACGACCCUAUUAAGGCGCAGAUCGAGCUGCCGGGGGCGGAGGGAGGCAGUGGUCAGGCCGCUAUCACACGCUCCCCAGGGCUCCCCCCGGCUCCGGAGGGCAGGAAGAGGUACAGCGAUAUCUUCCGGAGCCUGGACAACCUCGAGAUCUCGCUGGGGAACGUGAACUUCGAGGUGCUGGCCGCAGACGCUGCACUCCCUGACAGCGCAGAGCCUGCCAAGGCCGCCACGGCCACUGUGACCAGUGAUGCCAGCCGCUGGAGCUGCCCGUCCUCAGAGGGUCCUGCACCCCUGACAGGGGAGGAACUGGACUUGCGGCUCAUUCGGACCAAGGGAGGCGUGGAUGCUGCCCUGGAAUAUGCCAAGAUGUGGAGCCGCUACGCCAAGGAGCUGCUGGCUUGGACAGAGAAGAGAGCCAACUAUGAGCUGGAGUUCACCAAGAGCGUCAUGAAGAUCGCCGAGGCUGGCAAGACGUCCAUCCUCCAGCAGAGCCACAUGCCGCUGCAGUACAUCUACACCCUGUUCCUGGAGCAUGACUACAACCUGGGGGCCCAGGCCCUGGAGACCCUGGCCCAGCAGAAGAGAGACUACUACCAGCCCCUGGCCGCCAAGCGGACGGAGGUGGAGAAGUGGCGGAAGGAGUUCAAGGAGCAGUGGCUGAAGGAGCAGAAGCGGAUGAACGAGGCGCUGCAGGCGCUGCGGCGGGCCCAGCUCCAAUACAUGCAGCGCUGUGAGGACCUGCGGGUGCGCUCGCUGGGGUCCCCCGAGGACCCAGCCCCCCAGGCGUCGCCCGGGCCCAGCAAGCAGCAGGAGCGGAGACGGCGCUCGCGAGAGGAGGCCCAGACCAAGGCGCAGGAGGCCGAGGCUCUGUACCAGGCCUGCGUCCGGGAGGCCAACGCGCGGCAGCAGGACCUGGAGAGCGCCAAGCAGCGGAUCGUGUCGCACGUGCGCAAGCUGGUGCUGCAGGGCGACGAAGUUCUGAGGCGGGUGACCCUGGCGCUCUUCGGGCUGCACAGAAAGCAGGCCGAGCGCGGGCCCCGCUCCUUCGCAGCCCUGGCCGAGUGCUGCGCGCCCUUCGAGCCGGGCCAGCGCUACCAGGAGUUCGUGCGGACACUGCAGCCUGAGGCUCCGCCGCCCCCACCGCCCGCCUUCUCCUUCCAGGAGUUUGCGCCCGCCGGGCCCAGCUUCCCUCUGGACACCAGAAAGAAGCUCUCCGGGCCUCCACCCCUGCGGCUGGACGAGAGCGCCGCCGAGCCGGGCGCGUGGGAGGACGCGGGCGGCGGCUGGCCAGCAGGGACGCUGGGCGCCCCUCCGGGCAGCGAUGCGGACAGCGUGGGCGGAGGCAGCGAGUCUCGGUCCCUGGACUCCCCCACUUCCAGCCCCGGUUCUGCCACGCGGCGGCUGGUGAAGGUGGCAUCCACAGGCACCGAGUCUUCCGACGACUUCGAGGAGCGAGACCCGGACCUGGGGGACGGGCUGGAGAACGGGCUGGGCAGCCCCUUCCGGAAGUGGACGCUGUCCAUCGCGGCUCAGACCCACCGGCUGCGGCGGCUGCGGGGCCCGGCCAAGUGCCGCGAGUGUGACGCCUUCAUGGUCAGCGGGACGGAGUGUGAGGAGUGCUUUCUGACCUGCCACAAACGCUGCCUGGAGACGCUGCUGAUCCUCUGCGGACACCGGCGGCUCCCGGCCCGGACGCCCCUCUUCGGGGUGGACUUCCUGCGGCUCCCCAGGGACUUCCCGGAGGAGGUUCCCUUUGUGGUGACCAGGUGCACAGCCGAGAUAGAGCUCCGCGCCCUGGGCGUGCAGGGCAUCUACCGGGUGAGCGGCUCCCGCGUCCGCGUGGAACGGCUGUGCCAAGCCUUUGAGAACGGCCGCGCGCUGGUGGAGCUGUCGGGGAACUCGCCUCACGACGUCACGGGCGUGCUCAAGCGGUUUCUGCAGGAGCUCACCGACCCCGUGGUUCCCUUCCACUUCUACGACGCCUUCAUCUCUCUGGCUAAGACCCUGCAUGCAGGCCCUGGGGACGGCCCAGGGACCCCCAGCCCCAGCCCCGAGGUUACCCGCUCGCUGAAGACCCUCUUGGGACAGCUGCCCGACUCUAACUACAACACCCUGCGGCACCUGGUGGCCCAUCUGUUCAGGGUGGCCAUGCAGUUCGAGGAGAAUAAGAUGUCUGCCAAUAACUUGGGAAUCGUGUUCGGGCCGACGCUGCUGCGGCCGCCGGACGGCCCGCGGGCGCCUGGUGCCAGCCCUGUCGCCUGCCUGCUGGACUCCGGGCACCAGGCCCAGCUGGUGGAGCUCCUCAUCAAACACUACGAGCAGAUCUUCGGGAUGGACGAGCUCCCGCCGGCCGCCGAGGCCCUGCCCCAGGGCGCCAGCCCAGCCCCAGAGCCCCUCGUCACCAGCCCCCUGCAGGAACCCCCUGUUCCUACAGCGGCCCCACCGCCCCCAGCCGCAGCCCAGGACCUCGGGCCAGACCCCAAGUGCGACAGCGCCCAGGAGAGGCGCUCCCAGGCCACGCCCUCCGAAGCCACGCCCACCGAGACUGCAGCUGUGCAGAGUGACCAAAGCGAAGAAGAUGCCCCGGACCCGAGCGACAGAGCAGGGGAAGUGCCCAGCCACGGCCCUGAGGACUCGCUCCUGGGGACACAGUCCCGCGGUCACUUCAGCCGCCAGCCCGUGAAGUAUCCCCGCGGCGGGGUGCGGCCCGUCACCCAGCCGCUCUCAGGCUUGGCCCUGGUGGCUUCCAAGCUGUGCGAGGAGGCCCCUGUCCCCGCAGUGCCCCGGGGGAGUCCGCGGGCCGCCACCUCCCGCGAGGGCAGCCCCCUGCGCCGCACCCCGCUGCCCAAGCAUUUCGAGAUCACGCAGGAGACAGCGCGGCUGCUCUCCAAGCUGGACAGCAAGGCUGUGCCCAGGACCACCAGCUGCCCACAGCCCCAGCCUGAGGAAGGCGAGGACCACCUCUGACACCCCACCACCAAGGAGCCAGGACGGAGAGGCCAGACCAGGGCCCCCACGGGCAGCUUGCAAACAAAAGGCACAGGGCCAACGCUGGGGCGUUCAGAGUUCCUGUGAGGAGAGACUGCACAGCUGGGGAGAGCCCCAAAACAUUUGCGGGGGCAAUUUCCGUGUCCCAGCAACUCAGCACCAGGCUCGAGCCCCUCAGGGUCGGAGGUCACAGGGGGUACACACUCAGGGUCCAACAGGUCACGAGACCUUUGGGGUGUACCCAGGUCUCUAACUCGGGGACUGGGGUGCCUCUUGCUAUGUCCCUAGUGAUCAUUCAACGCCCCGCCCCCUGACCCCAAGUGACCAACCGGAGGAGGACUCGGGCAACCCAGACCCCCUUCCUGGUGGCGCUCGGGGCUGGUAGUCUGUGAAUAAACUGUAUGGCGUA